GAGAACUGUGCGCAUAGAAGAAGCUCUCAGACCAGUCAGUGGCUUCAUGGAGUUAUGUACCUCUGAUGCGCCGCCAUGGAUUGCAAUUCGCGAUCACUGCUUUUGCUUUUACCUCUUUUACUGUCUUUUAUGUUUCCAGCUUUUUCCGUCGUCUAUCCCCCAAAUGAAGUCAACCUGUUAGAUUCUAAAGCAAGCCAAGGGGAGUUAGGAUGGAUUUCCUACCCUUCACAUGGGUGGGAGGAGAUCAGUGGGGUGGAUGAGCAUUAUACACCCAUCAGGACUUUCCAGGUGUGCAAUGUGAUGGAGUACAGUCAGAACAACUGGCUUCGCACCAACUGGAUUCCCCGUCAAUCAGCCCGGAAGAUCUACGUUGAGUUGAAAUUCACUCUGAGGGACUGCAACUCCAUUCCGUUAGUACUGGGCACGUGCAAAGAGACCUUCAAUCUUCUUUACUUGGAGACCGAUGACGACCAAGGCACUCACUUCCGAGAACACCAGUUCUCCAAAAUCGACACCAUUGCGGCGGAUGAGAGUUUCACACAAAUGGACUUAGGCGACCGUAUUCUCAAACUCAACACCGAGGUGCGUGAGGUGGGGCCAAUGACCAAGAAGGGCUUCUACCUAGCUUUCCAGGACGUGGGUGCCUGUGUAGCUUUAGUGUCGGUGAGGGUGUACUUUAAAAAGUGUCCGAACACGGUGAAGAAUCUCGCCUCUUUUCCUGAUACCGUACCCAUGGACUCGCAGUCGCUGGUGGAAGUCAAAGGGUCUUGUGUGAACCACUCGAAAGAGGAGGAGCCGCCGCGAAUGUACUGCAGCACGGACGGGGAGUGGCUUGUCCCGAUUGGAAAGUGUCUGUGCAACUCCGGCUACGAAGAAAGGAGCAACACCUGUCAAAUGUGCAGGGCUGGCUUCUACAAAUCUACGCUGGGAAAUGUGGAGUGUUCCAAGUGUCCGCCUCAUAGCUACGCUCAUCAUGAAGGAUCACUGCAUUGUGGAUGCGAGAAGAACUACUUCCGCGCUGAAGGAGACCCGGCUUCCAUGGCCUGUACUCGUCCUCCCUCAGCUCCUCGUAACGUUAUCUCCUCCAUCAACGAGACCUCGGUUAUCCUAGACUGGAGCUGGCCAGAGGACACAGGCGGCCGCAGGGACAUCACCUUCACCGUCCUCUGCAAACGAUGUCGUGUCGGAGAUGCAAACGGAAGCAAUGGUGGCAGCCCACGUUGUGAACCCUGCCGAAGCAAUGUACGUUUUAUUCCAAGAUCUACGGGCCUACAAAACACCACGGUGACCGUGGGAGAUCUGCUAGCUCACACCAACUAUACGUUCGAGAUUGAGGCACAGAACGGCGUCUCGGCGCUGGCGCCCAAGAUGAGACAGUAUGCCGCUGUCACCAUCACCACCAAUCAAGCCGCUCCCUCUCCGGUAAUAGUCAUCAAAAAGGAGAAGACAUCACGAAAUAGUGUUUCCUUGUCUUGGCUGGAGCCAGAGAGACCCAAUGGCAUUAUCCUCGACUACGAGAUCAAAUACUACGAAAAGGAGGAGCAGGAGACCAGCUACACAAUCCUUCGGGCCAGGGGAUGUAAUGUGACUCUAAACGGUCUGAAGCCCAACACUGCCUACCUGCUGCAGAUCAGAGCCCGCACAGCUGCUGGAUACGGAGCCAGCAGUCCCAGUUUCCAGUUUGAGACCAGUCCAGACUCUGCCUUCUCCAUCUCUGGUGAGAGUAGUCAGGUUGUUUUGAUCGCCAUUUCUUCAGCUGUGGCCAUCAUCUUGCUGACUGUGCUGCUCUACGUCCUGAUUGGCAGGUUUUGUUGCCAUAGCAAAUCCAAACAUCCUGAUGAGAAAAGACUGCACUUUGGCAAUGGGCAUUUGCGUCUACCGGGGAUUAAGACCUACGUAGACCCUCACACCUACGAGGACCCAAGCCAAGCUGUGCAUGAGUUCGCUAAGGAACUGGAUGCCUCCUGCAUCGCCAUUGAUAAAGUGGUGGGAGCAGGGGAAUUUGGCGAGGUGUGCAGUGGUCGACUGAAGCUGCCCAGCAAGAAGGAGAUCUGCGUGGCCAUCAAGACCUUAAAAGGAGGAUAUACAGACAAACAAAGACGUGACUUCCUCGCUGAGGCGUCAAUCAUGGGACAGUUUGACCACCCCAACAUAAUCAGGCUGGAGGGUGUGGUAACACGCAGUAAGCCUGUCAUGAUCGUCACAGAAUACAUGGAGAAUGGGUCACUGGACAGCUUUUUGAGGAAACAUGACGCCCAGUUCACUGGAAUCCAGUUGGUCGGCAUGCUGCGUGGCAUCGCCUCAGGCAUGAAGUAUCUGUCAGACAUGGGCUACGUUCACAGAGACCUUGCUGCUCGAAACAUCUUAGUCAACAGCAACCUGGUGUGUAAAGUGUCGGACUUCGGCUUGUCAAGGGUCCUGGAGGAUGACCCUGAGGCUGCUUACACCACAAGGGGCGGUAAGAUCCCCAUUCGGUGGACAGCUCCAGAGGCCAUUGCUUACAGGAAGUUUACAUCAUCCAGUGAUGCUUGGAGUUACGGAAUCGUGCUCUGGGAAGUAAUGUCAUAUGGUGAACGGCCUUACUGGGAGAUGUCCAAUCAGGACGUGAUAAAGGCUGUAGAUGAAGGUUAUCGCCUUCCACCACCCAUGGACUGCCCUGCUACACUUUACCAGCUAAUGCUGGAUUGUUGGCAGAAGGAAAGAAACAACCGGCCUAAGUUUGAACAGAUAGUCAGCAUUCUGGAUAAACUUAUACGGAACCCCGGUAGUCUGAAAAUUACAGCCAACACCACAUCAAGGCCAGCCAACUUGUUGUUGGAUAGAAGUAGUUCAGAGGUUCCCUCAAUGGGGACGAUGGGCGACUGGAUGGAUGGAAUGAGGACCUUGCCCUGCAAUGAGGCCUUUUCUGGGGUCAGCUACAGCUCCUGUGAUACUCUGGCCAAGACUUCCACAGAUAGAGUGAUUCUGACAGAAGUCCACGUCACACCAGCAACUUGCCCAGAAUGGGAGCCGUCCAUGGGGAUCACCACUCUCUAACAGCCAGUUGUUCUUCUUUCGAUUCCUCGGACUCUGGAUGGGAUUUAAAAAAGGUUGGAGUGACAAUUGCAGGACCACAGAAGAAGAUCGUGAGCAGCCUCAAAGCCCUAGAAUCGCACACCAAGAACGGCCCAGUACCUGUUUAAAAAAGACAAAGCCAAGUGUGCGUCAACUGAUGAUGGGAGCGUGCGAAUGCAAUGAUCGUAUAUCCAUAGCAAGAAAUGGCAGAAGACUGAUGAGAAAUUCAUAAAACGAGGGCUUUUAUUUGACAAUAAAGUCCUGGCAGUGAAAAUUGGGAGGAGCCCAGUGUUGCACUGGUUGACUCAUGAACCCCGCAGAUGAUCCAUGCUCAAGUUGAGAUGCCUUACAGACACAUAAAGGACGGUAGAGACGCACAUCAGCCCACAACCGGUCAGGUAUAGAAACAAACAGGACCUGGAGACACGGAAACCGGAAACCGGUGAAGUUGGACGACAUUGCCCUCCCUUUAUCGCGAUGCUCUGUGGUUCCUCCUGUGGAGCAAAGAUGGCUGCCCGUUGUGACAGCAGCAGCGGCCGACCGGGUGAGGAACCUUCCUGAGAUUCUUUUUUGUAACUACCUACACGUUAACUAAUCGACGGCAUUCUGCAGACCUGUCACGUAAAAAAAAAAGCAAUAAUUCUGAUAAUCAGUUGUUGGGGUUGCCAUGGUUACGCUGCACUCAGGGUGUGCUUUGAAGGUACAAAGGGGCAAUAACACACUUCACACUCGACUUUAUAUGAUAUAUGUACGUUUUUUCAUGUGAUAUGAGCAGAUAUCGUAACGUUAUAGUGCUUGUUCCCGCAACCCGGAGACCUUUUGUGUGAAAUCUCAGGAUGCACACAUUAUUUCAUCGAUAUUUUCUCGAACAAGCGGAAACAGAUAAAGUGAACAAAGCAGGGAGCUGAGAGUGCACAAUAUGAGAGUUAAGAAAGAAGAGAGCGGGAAACUCUUAAAAGAGACGCUGCGGAAGAUGAAGAUGUGUUUUUCACACUUUUCUUUCAGACAUUUUUAUUGUCUAACGGAUGUUUUUGUUUUUUUUUUUUUUUUUUUGUCCAGGUGGGUUUGUACUUUAGAGUUUCUUUCCCUGGGAAACUAAAGUUUGACUCAGCAACCACACACACAGUUACAGCGUCACAAAGAUGAGAUUGACACAUAAAAGACAUUUGUAGUCUAUUAUUCUGAGAUAAACACAAGUCAUGGGAACACAUUCAUUGGCGGGGUACACCCUAGACUGGCUGCUAGCCAAUCACAGGGCACAUAUAGACAAACAACCAUUCACACUCACAUUCAUACCUAUGGACAAUUUGGAGUCGCCAAUUAACCUAGCAUGUUUUUGGAAUGUGGGAGGAAACCGGAGUACCCGUAGAAAAUCCACACAUGCACGGGGAGAACAUGCAAACUCCACACAGAGAUGGCCGAGUGUGGAAUUGAACUCGGGUCUCCUAGCUGUGAGACCCAUGGGAACACAUAUCAAGAUUAAUUUGUUUCUUUAUUACCAAAAUUUUUAAAGUUCUGUUUGCUGAAAUACUGUUUUAAUUUUCAGUUUAAAGUUCACACACAGUAAUCACUCGCCGCUUUGAAUUCUCUCUAUCACCAUUUUUAAUAAAUCAUGGUUGAAUAAAGCCUAUAAUCGACCAAUUUUUAUUCUUCUUUUCUUUACUAAAUUUCAAAAUUUCGAGCAAAUGUCUAAAAGAACUAAGAUACAAAUAUAAGGCACUCAGAAGACGCAUUCAAAGAUGUGAUGAUAUGAAGUAUUCUACACGUCACUACGUGUCAGUGAUGUUACAGUAAUGUUCGGUCAGACACACAAGCACCAAACUUGAUACCCGGAAAACAACAGGAUUUUAUUGCAGGUUUGAUUUAUCAGGCACAAUAAUCCCUGUUGCAGCUGCAACCCACGGUAUUUACAACACACACAAUCACCAGUCAUAGUUUCUGUUAAUAUGUCUACGAUAUAGUGUAAAUGCAGAUAUAGGGGUGUUAUUUAAUGUUUAGAGGGCUCUCAUAAUGUUUAAAAACACAUCUUUCCUCUGCUCUAAACUAUGAAAAUAUUCAAUCUAGAAAUAAAUACUUCAUAGUUGGGUCUGGAAGCAAUUAAUUAUGAUAAACCGGGAUAAACUUAUUAUUUACUUAUACAAUAAUGUCCAAGUGCCAUCCAAUCAGGUAUAAAGUACAAAGUCAUGUGACAGGGGCCUUGAACUCUAUGUGUGGUUGUCAAACAUCCAGAUUAUUUGUGGUGAUUUUUUUUUUUAAUGGAAAUUCAAGAAACUGAAAUUUAAAUCACCGUAUUUUAACAAACUGAACUUACAAACACUCUAUUACAAUUUUCUGUUCUAUGAAAUUCUAUGAAAAAUAUUCUAAUUCUAUGAAAUUUUCAGCAUACUGCGAUAAAAAUAAUUCAGUUCACAAAAUUUAAGCGCACAAAUUCAGUUAUAUAAAUUCAGAAAAAAUUGCAAAAUGAUAAUAACAAAACAAAUUAACCUUCAUAAAUACAUUUUUUUUUUUUUUCAUAUGGAGGGGGGGUCGAGUGCCUCGUUGGGUUCCAUCGUUUUGGGAUCACGUGCAAACUCCUGCUUUAUUUUAGUUUAAAUCAGUGCUUCUCAAAUGGUGGGGUUGAAAGGUCUGACAUUCAUGUUUGAAUGAUGCUUUGCCAGCAACUCAUGCAGCGGUUUGUACAGAUAAGAAAAUGAGCCCUUCAAGUUUACAACGGUAUUUCAAAUGUCAGGGGCUGAAAAAACUGAGAACCACUGGUUGAAGUGAUUCAUCAUUGCCGUCAAAAAAGUGUGAAGCAUCCCUCAAAAUUGGGAAUAAAUACUUGAUAAAUGGAAUCCGAAUGCAUAUGUUCCAGAAAGGGAUCCCCUGAAUGCACCUUUGAAAUUCAGAUGCUCAAGAUUGUAGCGGUACAUCUGCAUGUAUUCCGGUCCAUUACACAUGUGACCGGGUAUUGUGAACUGGUACCACUUUAUACUUUCGGGUGAAAUCCAUUCAUCUUCAGUGGGUGCAGUAGAAAUGCACUUAGUACACAAAUGUGCGAGCACUUUCCUUGACAUGAGAAUCGAACCCGUCGGCUGGGAACGAAACACACACGAUGAACAGGGACGAUUUCGGUGCUUUUUUUUGGGGAAGCAGAGCUGCGUUCAUGGCAUCGGUCGGUCCAGCGUUCUUACAUGUGGAUGCUGCUGUUGCUGCUAUGUGAUCUGAUUAGCAUGUAUAUAAUGUAAACCAUCAUAACGAUAUAGCAACUAGCCAGACAGAUUUUUUUGCAAUAUGUACAUGCCAUCCCUCUUUGUACAAUUUUUUUGUAUGUAUAAAAAGAAUAAUGAGAAAUUGUGCAACAAUUUUAAUUAAAAAAAAGACAAAAAUCAUCUGUAUUAUACUUUAUCUUGUUUUGAAUUAUAUUUGUCAGCUUGUUUUUAUUUUCUACAAUAAAAAUUCAACUGUGGCCACAUUAUUAUUUAUUUGUUAACAUUACAGUGACUUUUUUUAAGCUUACAGUAAAUUAUGUCUGUGUUUUUUUUUUUUGUUUUUUUUUUUUGCUUACUUUAUCAACCUUGGACAUCUGAGAGAAGAAUACUGUUAUGCACCUCAUAUCCAGAACCUUUCUUUUCUGUCUCAAGACUGACCUGUGUGUUUGUGUGAGAGUUUACGUGUUCAAUUGUAGAUGGCCUUGUCAACUAAUGUAAAAGGAUUUGUAGUGGAAACAUUUAUAUUUUUAUAAUAAAUAUUCUCAAAAUAUUUUCCAAAAAAGGGAAUGACGACAGACGUGGUUCUGUGUUUUUAUUUGAUGUAUCUUGUUGUAUCUUUUGGAUAAAAAUCGAUGACUGAUAAUUGUCAACAGUUAAAAAGUACAUUUCUGAAAUUACUGUACUUUUUGUGUUGUUUUUUUUUACUUGGAGUUGUGGAUGUUUUUUGAUGUGAUGUUUCUGAUAUAAGCAAACACACACACACAUUAUUCUACUUUCACUGU